AUGGAGCGUCAGAUUGAAGAAACCAACAAGUCAACAACAGUUCACUCUGAACUUCGACUUCUUUCAAUCGGAAUAGGAAGCAACUUCGGAUACCAGCGAUUCUUGAUCCGACGGAAUGACGAGAAUGACGGGGCAAAAGAGCUUGUUCAAAGAUUUGUUGACGAAAUUGAAUCUCUUGCAGUCGCUGAAGAAAAUUAUCUCCCAUCUGAGCUAAGAGACUCGAUUCAAAACCUCCAAAACAUCGAUAUGAAUUCAGUGCAUGCUGAGCAAAAGAUGAAAAUCCGAUAUUUACGUCGAGAACUCACAAAUUAUGCAAAAAUGGACAUCUUUGGUUUCAAUAGUGCUAAGUUUGAUUUGAAAGUCUUAAGUCCGUAUCUUAUCCCAAUUUUGAUGAAAAAACACGGGUCCAAAUUUACAAGUAUUAAAAAAGGCAGUCAUUACUUCUCUAUGUCAACCCCGAAAUAUCAAUUCAAAGAUGCAAAACUUUUUAGCACUCCAACUGAUCUUGCUGGAUAUCUUAAACAAGGAGGAGUCGACGAAGGAAAGGCGAUUUGGCCUUAUGAAAAAUAUCAUAGCGUUUUUGAUAUCAUGAAUGACAAGAAUUUUCCUCCUCGAGAGGAUUUCUUCUCGAGUCUUAAAAAUAAAGCUAUUUCAGAAGAAGAUUAUGAAAUUUUCAAAGAUGAAUUUAACAAAAAUCAAAGAAGAGACCCCCAUUAUUCCAUGGCUCAUUGGCUUCAGCACUACAAUUUGGCAGAUGUCACUCCUUUUGCGAAAGCCAUCGACAAUCAAUUCAAAUUAUUCUUUGAGACUUUCAAAAUUGACCCUUCUUUUUGCAUGAGUCUACCAAAAUUUGCGAUGGCGUGCGUUUUUGAAGGGUAUUCGAAAGAUUCACCGCUCACAUUUUCCUUCCACCGUACUUGUCACAAAGAACAUAAACUUCUCCGCGAUAAUAUCAUCGGUGGUCUGGUAAACGUCUAUUCUCGCUACACUGAGCUUCGACCCGAGGUGGACGCUCCGAGAAAUGCCAAGUUCGCGCCAAAUGGGGAUCCUUUUACAAAGAUAGUCUUUUUUGACUUCAAUGCUUUGUACUUGUACGCACAGAAGAUGCUAUUACCGUCCACUCCAGGUAUCAGAUGGCAGAAAAUCGACAAUACCGUCUUUCGAAAAUCCAUAAUGACGUCGGACAACUCUCUUGCUGCGCUUCAAUGGCUUACAUACAUUGACGAGUUCAGCCCCUUGUUGGUUCAGACUAAUGGAGAGCGGGUCCGACUUGAGCAUCAGUAUUUCAGGGGAGAGCACCAGGUCCUUAAUUAUAAAAUUGACGGGUACGCUUGUGUUGAUGGACAGCAUCAUUAUUUCGAGUUUUUAGGAUGUUAUUUUCAUCAAUAUUGUGUUGAUUGCAACCCCGGUCAGAUUGACCAUGGGUUUGAGAAGAAACGUCGAAUUUUGUCCAGAAAAGGGACUGUUCACAUCAUGCGAGAAUGUGAAUGGGUUCACCGACGAAAUAAAUAUUAUGUUGACCGAGUUUCUAAAUAUUGGGGACAUAUUUUCAAGCUGAAAGAAUCAGAAAAAAGCAUUCUUGAAGGAAUAAAAAAUGAUGAGAUAUACGGAUUUAUCGAGGCCGAUGUUUCUUGUCCGAAAGAAGUUUUUGAUCAGAUUUCGUACAUAAAUUUUCCUCCGGUCAUUCAGCGUAUGAAAAUCACUGACGAGCAUUUGAGUUCAUAUAUGAAAGCUCAGUUUGAGAAAACUGGAAGCAAGUGCGACCAGGAAACUGUUGUUCAGACUUACAAUGCGACCAAAAGUCUAAGCGAUUAUGCCAAUAAUAUAACCAAUGGUCGCGUAAACGCCCUUGAUGCCAAUAACUCUGCUCUCGCUUUGGCUUUUAAGACCAUCGGAAAUUGCGGAGGAUUUGGGAAGGCGAUCGAGCAAGUUGAUCGUCCAAAUACAAAAUUCAACGACGAUAAACAGCUCAAGAAAUCUAUUGUUAAACCAACUUAUAAAUCAUCGGAGGCUCUCUGUCAAGAAAACGGAGAGUAUGAAAUUUCAGAGGUCAUUUUUGACAAGUUGCGGAUCAAAGAUGAUAAGCCAACUGUUCUCGGUGUGGCUAUUCUUCAAAAUUCAAAACUCCAUUUUCUCUCCUUUGUUUACAAUUUUCUUCACAAAUACCUGAGACCUGGGUCCUACAAGCUAAACUACUGUGAUACUGACAGCUUAGCAAUAUCGUUUACUCGAAGCGGAACGGAUGGACAAACAACAAGGUCACAGAUGGAAGCCGCUCUGCUACCAUGUGUUCGAGAGGAGCUUAUGGAAGAGUUUCUUCAAGUUUGGCACAAAUGGAUUGUUCUUGAAGACACCACUCUUAAUCAUAAAACUCCUGGUCUUCUCAAAGAGCGAGCUGAUCUUGAAGCGCUUCGAAAAGAAUAUGGAGGAACUUACCUUCCUCUCGCCGAAGAGGAGCUCGAUUUUUUCCGACAAACCGAGAGAGUUGGUCAGCUUCACAACAGGCUAAUCAUACCUCCUCCGAAACCUGGGCGAAUCGUUGAAACUGCUCAUUUGAGAUUACUCUUAAAUAAAAAUUUUGAUUUGAACAGCCUCAUCGAAGACAUCUUCGAUGUGAUUUCUCCAGUAUUUCGAAUCAAAAUUGAUUUCGGUUUUCUCAUGGAAAAUAUUUUGACUGAAGAUCCAGAUUCCCGCUACCGAUUUCACUGGCCUCAAAUAUCAACUGGACUUCCGAUCGAGCCACACUUGAUUAAAGACAAAUUUUCCAAGAAAGCCUUUCUUGAAAAUAUUCCAAGCUGGUCCGAAAUUCCUCAAAUGGUCGAGAUCGAGCACGAGAAUCAAUCAAGCUUCAGAAAGAGCGGGUUCAAUCUGACUAAACUUCUCACCUGCAGCGUCUACGUUACAAAGAUGAAAUGA